AUGAAGUGUGGAUUUGCAAAUGGUAUUAAUGUUGGUGCGUCGGGAUCUAAAGGGUGGCCGACUUCGUUGAGAACGUCAAAUGUUGAUUUUCGAGAAGUGUUGGAGGACUGCGGGCUUAUUGAUUUGGGAUUUUUUGGUGGGUGGUUUACAUGGGAGCACGGUCGUGUUUUGGCUACCAAUAUUCGGGAGCAUCUGGACAGGGGAAUAGCGACUCAAGAUUGGAUGUCUCUUUUUCCUAGUUACCAUUUGGAGCAUUUGAGUCACUCAUUUUUGGAUCAUUGCCCGAUUCUGUUGGACACACGUGGGCGGGGUGGUGAGUUUCAGCGUUCUAGGAACAGAAGUUUCCGUUUUAAAGUGAAAUGGUGUCUAGAACAUGAUUUUGAGGCUAUGGUACAAAGGAGUUGGGAAGAUAUAACUGAAACUGUCCCAAAUAAGUUCAUGCUUUUGGGGAAACGUUUUCAGCAGUGGAGUCGGUCUAGGAGUUGGGAUCAAAAAACAAUUCAUAGGGAUUUUGAAGAGCGUUUACAUGAAGUUUAUGACCAGGAUCCUUCUGAUGAGGUUCUUGUCGAAAUCAUUGAGGCCCAAAUUGGCAUUAAUUUGGAGAUUGACAAAGAAGAAAUUUUCUGGGGGCAACGGGCUCAUGCCAAUUGGUUGCAAAAUGGAGAUAGAAACACCAACUAUUUUCAUAAAAUUACGGUUUAG